CCACCAGCCAGCAUGGCCACAGCUGCCUCCAGCCCCUACACCCUGCUCAGCUCCAGCCCCAUGAUCCACCCGGACAGCCAGGCCAUGCAGCCUGCUAGCCCCUACAGAGGCCACCAGAAGCUCCUCCAGAGUGACUACCUGCAGAGCGUACAGAGCAACGGGCACCCCCUCGGGCACCAGUGGGCCAGCAGCCUGUCCGAUGGCAGCCCCUGGUCGGCCUCCAUGGAGCAGCAGGACGUCAAACCAAACCGGGAGGACCUGCAGCUCGGCAUCAUCCACCACCGCUCCCCGCACGUAGCGCAUCACUCCCCGCAUCACAACAACCAUGGCAACCACCCGGGAGCCUGGGGAACCCCGGUGUCCCACAACUCCUCCAUCAGCAGCGGGCAGCAGAUCAACAUCUACUCCCAGACGGGCUUCACUGUCAACGGCAUGCUGGAGCACGGCGGCCUCACGCCUCCCUCUAACCCGCAGGGCCAAGGCAUGCACCCGGGCCUCAGGGACACGCUCAGCCCCGAGCACAGCGACCUCGGCGGACACCACUGCCACGACCACUCCGAUGAGGAGACGCCGACCUCGGACGAGCUGGAGCACUUUGCCAAGCAGUUCAAGCAGCGGAGGAUCAAACUGGGGUUCACCCAGGCCGACGUGGGUCUGGCUCUGGGCACUCUCUACGGAAACGUCUUUUCCCAGACCACCAUCUGCAGGUUCGAGGCUCUGCAGCUCAGCUUUAAAAACAUGUGCAAACUAAAGCCGCUGCUGAACAAGUGGUUGGAGGAGGCGGACUCGUCCACCGGCAGCUCCAGCAGCAUAGACAAGAUCGCAGCUCAGGGGAGGAAGAGGAAAAAGAGGACGUCGAUCGAGGUCAGCGUCAAAGGAGUCCUGGAGACGCACUUUCUCAAGUGUCCCAAACCCUCGGCGCAGGAGAUUACCGCGCUGGCGGACUCGCUGCAGCUGGAGAAGGAGGUGGUGCGGGUCUGGUUCUGCAACCGGAGGCAGAAGGAGAAGCGCAUGACUCCGCCGGGGGAGCCGCCGCCCCCCCCCCCGGGUGGAGAGACCGCCCACGAGGUGGGGGGGGGGGCAGGAGGAGACGCUGCCUCCUGUCACGAUCUCUGACCGGAGGACCGGGAGGAAUCCCGCGGCACACAGACUCCAGAGCGCAGGGCACGGGGCAGAGAGGCGGGGGGCGCCCCGCCGUCCGUGCCCCGGUACAGACUCGCCCCUGCAGAUGCCUCCGCUCCGGCACUGGACGCAUCACAACAAGAGAGAGAAUGAGAGAGAAAACCUGUUCAGCCUUUGUCAUUUUUAACAGUCGUGAGGGCAUUAUUCCACCAACCAACACCAAACUCCACGUCACUCUUUUAUUUAGGCUUUGGUUUUUAUUUUAAUUUUUUUAAUUUAAUAUUUUUUUUGGAGCCAUUCAGAUGAUUUUUCUCUAUCACGGAUACAAAUACAAAAAUGUGCCUCUAAUAACCUGCCAGCGCCUUUGGUUGGUGUCACGGUUCUCCAGCAGCUCGAUAAUACCGACGGUGUGGGACUGAUGUGUCGAUUCCUUUUGGCCUCUCGCAUAUGAUCAAUGGAGUGAAACUGAUAAUAAUAUCACUUUUCCUAAUUGAUUUGCUGCGGCACCGGAGGUUGAUCCACAGCCAGGCUUCACUUCCUGUUUAUUUACACUCAUUAUUUUGUAACAUACUCGUAGCAGCUGUGUAAUUAUUCUUAUUUUUUAUUUUUUUGUUAUUUUUUUUCCAUAUGCAAUUAUAGGCCUUGAUAGGAGCCGUAGAGCUACAGAACACACCACAGCACUUGGAGGACCUCUCAGUCCGAACCCCCGACCUCUGACCCCACUCCCCCUCUCCCUUCCUCCCCCCCAGGCCUUUUAUUUAUAAAUCCAUUUAUUAGAUUUCAAUCAUCCUCGACCAUAAAAACUGUGUGCAGAGUAGAUAGAAGGGCGGUCUGACGCUACACACCUGCCUAUAAUGAAUUCAUUUUACUGUACCUUCAGUAUCAAAGUUUUAUACCCUGAAGUACUCCUCCUCUCUGGUUUAUUUCCUAAGUAUUUUUUUGGAAUAUUGUACAGUUUUAUAUAUUCCCCUUUGGAGUCAAUAAUUUACACAAAUGCUCUUAGUUAUUCAUGCACUUAAUUAGCAAUGUACAAAAAAACAAACAAACAAAACAAACGAUAUUUUCAUUAAGAUUGAACUGUAUCGGCGGUUUUAUUCCAAAUUUCGAUGACAGCUCGAGUGAUUAUUUAUUUUCAGUAUAAAGCUUGUAUUAUGUUUUGAAAUAAACUAUGUAUGUUGUAAUAAAACAAUUUGUUGCUACAACUG